AUGGGCGAGCUCAUCCUUGAGAUCCUAAUUGAGCCCGUGAUGGAAUGCGCUAGCGAGCGCACAAGCGCUCCAUGCGCUUUCAGCCGCGAGCGUACGGAACUCCAUGGCAUACCCAGACACCGACCUCCUACCCUGAUGCAGGUUCAGGAGGCGGGCCCCCGCCUCCUCGAACCGGAAGCUCAAAUGCUGUGGGACUGUAACCUAUCAGAUAAAAGCUGUGCAGAUCUGGCCUCAGUUCUCAGCUCAAACUCCUCAACUCUGAGAGAACUGUACCUGGGUAAUAAUAAACUGCAGGAUUCAGGAGUGAAGCUGCUCUCUGCUGGACUGAAGAGUUCACACUGUAAACUGGAGAAACUGGGGCUGUAUAACUGCAGUAUUACAGAAGAAGGCUGUGCUGCUUUAGCUUCAGCUCUGAAAUCAAACCCCUCAUACCUGAGAGAGCUGGAUCUGAGAUUCAAUAAACCAGGAGAGUCAGGAAAGAAGCUGCUCUCUGAUCUACAGAAGGAUCCUCACUUUAAACUGGAGAAACUAUAGUGAGUUACUGAA